AUGCGCACCCUCCUUCUCCUUCCCUCCCCUCCCGCUGCUGCUUCCGCAAACCCGCGAGCUGAGGCUCUAGAGAGUUAUCGCAAGUCUCAACCACAGCAGAAGCGGCAUCUGAACCGGCCAUUGAAGAUUGCGGCCGCGCGGGACGACGCCUCCGGGCUCGGGCUCUAG